UGUUUUGGUAAAGUGCCGAAUUGACCAUGUCGUCCUUUUUGUAUCAUUUCACUCCCCAGUCUCUUUUAUCCCUCGAUAUUUGUCAAAACUGAAGCACGUUGUUUUUUCUAUUUGAAGUUUAAUCCACCACUAGAUUUUUUACCCUCUCCGGAGGUCUAUACCAAUAAACAGUUGAACUCUCAACGACUUAUCAGUACAGUAAAAAAUCUAGAUUAAAGAGAUGAACCCAAGAUAGAUUCAACAUGUCACACUCAGAAUCCGUUUCUGACAGACAGCUCAGAUCUUCAAGGACACUAACGUCAGAUGGAGACCAUCUUUUUGAACAAUCUAACGAAAGACAUCAAUAUAUCAUUAGAACUAUAAAACGAGAUAUAGACGCUAUUAUAUUAGACGUUGAAGAUAACCCAGUGGUGGACCUGUCCACAGCAUCAACAUACAGAGAGGAACUUCUGAAACUGUCAGAAAAGUAUGAGAAAGAAGCUAACAGAUAUUUUGAUUUCUUAAAAUCAUAUAGGACAAGAGAAAGUGAAAGUGAGAAUGCAUCAUUCAAAGUGUCAUUCUAUGCUUUAAAGGCUAAGAUAUCAGUUGUCAAACAACAUCUAAGUGAAUUGCUACCUAGAAGAUCAAUAGAAAAUAGUGAACGAACUCAUAAAAGUCGUAGCUCCCAACAUAGUUCCCGUCAUACUGUGUCAACAAGACACUCAUCACUAAGUGCUCAAUCAGAGUUUCUUAAACAAACAGUGAAACUUGAAACCGCUAAGACACGACUUAAAUAUGCUAAAGAGGAGGCGGAGUUGUUGCAUCGCGAAGCUACACUCAAAGCAGAGAAAAAUGUCCUCGCUAUGAAGCGAGACGUUGACGAAGCUGAGUCGGGAUUACAAGCUGUUAAGAAGGCAUUGGAUUUCGAUCUUAAAGACUAUGGUGAAAGUUACGAACCACCAAGGAUCGCUGAUCCAGUAGUUCAACAUGCUAACGAAAACAAAAUGUCUGAAAGAAAGUACUGUAGUGCUAACAUACUAGAUACACGUAACAUUACAGAACAACGUACAGCAGAAUUCGUGGAGCAACAGCGCUCACACCACUCCUUACAUUUGAGCAAACAUAACCUUGAAGUGAACAAUGUAAAUAUUCCUAUUCAUUCUUUAGGACCAUUGAAUCCUACAGCACAACCUUUUGUUCCAACUCAGAGGAACGAAGCACAAGAAUUGGCCAAGUUCAUGGUGAAGAAAGAUUUAAUCACAUCUAGGCUCAUAUCAUUUGACGACCAGCCGUCACAUUACUCAUCUUGGAAAAUUAGUUUUCAACACAUAAUGACUGAGUUAGAUACAAAUCCAUUGGAACAGUUGGACCUUCUUAUAAAGUAUUUGGGACCGAGCUCAAAACAGCACGCUCAGAACAUUAGAUGUGCUAAUGCUCAUAAUCCGGCUACUGCAGUGCGUCUUAUAUGGGAACGCUUAGAUUCUAGGUUCGGUAGUCCAGAGAUGAUAGAAUCGUCACUUCACUCACGUAUAGUUAACUUUCCCAAACUCUCGAACAAUAACCGAAUAGAACUCUACGAGUUAGCGGACUUAGCCGCUGAGAUCGAGUCAAUCCGCAAAGAUGAAAAGUUUGCCACCACAUUCGCUUACUUUGAUUCGUCUCUAGGCGUGAAUCGUUUUGUAACUAGAUUACCUUACAGUAUUCAAGAAAAAUGGACAACUACUGCCAAUGGUUAUAAGUCAAGAAACUUUGGAGCAUAUCCGCCAUUUUCUUUCUUCGUGCCAUUUUUGCAAAACAUUGCUAAAGUGCGUAAUGACCCUGGAUUUUUAUAUGACAAUCAAGACACAAAACCAUCCACAUCUAAACACACAAGAGUACAAAACCGAAAUCGAAGUCCUGCGAAAGUUUCAAGCAUUAAAACAGACAUUGGACACAGUGUUAAUAAACCACCUAAUAGUACUAGUAUUCAGAAGUCAAAAGAGGAUUUGUGUCCCCUUCAUGGAACUAACCAUACGCUCAACUCAUGCCGCGGUUUUCGUACUAAACCACUGUCAGAGAGACUUGAUUUAAUUAAGCAAAAAGGUUUGUGUUUCAAGUGUUGCGGACCUAAGAGACAUUUCCGUGACAAAUGUAAAGAGGAUGUCAAAUGCAGUGUUUGUGGUUCUCGUGACCAUCCGUCAGCCUUACAUGUAGAUAUUACAGCGGAACCCGAGAAAAAGCACGAGGAGGAGAAUUCUAAGGAACAAAUAAGCAGCAAAUGUACCAAAAUAUGUGAUUCGAUACACAAUACAAGUAAAUCAUGUGCUAAGAUAGUACUCGCCAAAGUAUAUCACUCCGAGAGACCAGAUCAUUUCAAAACUGUUUACUGUGUGAUCGACGACCAAAGCAACAGGACUUUAGCAACGUCAGAUUUCUUCAACUUCUUCGGCGAAAAUGACACUGAAACAGAAUAUGAACUUGCUUCUUGUGCAGGAAGGUUCAUUACGAGUGGAAGACGAGCUUCCGGAUACAUGUUAGCGUCACUUGACGGAUCAUCUAAUCUUAACGUACCUGAAAUUAUCGAAUGUAAUGACAUUCCAAACAACCGGGAAGAAAUACCGUCAUCUGUUGUAGCUUCAAGUUAUCCACACAUGAUGGACAUAGCAAGUUGUAUUCCUGACAUCGACAAUCAGUCUGAAAUACAGAUGUUAAUAGGCCGUGACCUAAUUAGAGCACACCAUGUUAUUGAACAUCGUAUAGGAGUCGACGAGGUACCGUACGCACAACAUUUGCCCUUAGGAUGGGUUAUAGUAGGGAAUGUAUGCCUAGGAAGACAAAAUGUUGUAAAUGUAAACAAAACUGUAAUUUUGAACAAUGGACGACCUACAUUAUUGUCCCCGUGUGAUAGCCACAUGUCAGUGAAAUUAGACCCAAUCUUCAACAAGACUCAACUAGACGAAAAGGAAGGCACGUCAAUAGAGGAUCAAACCUUUUUAAACAUUAUGUCAUCAGGAUUCUUCAAACAAGAUGAUGGACACUGGAUCGCUCCACUACCAUUUAAACCCAACAAACCUUCUUUAGAAAACAACAAACAAAUUGCAGAGCGUAGAGCUAAAUCUUUCGACAUGAACUUACGUUGCAACUCCAUAAAGCGCACACAUGUGUUAGAAUUUAUGCAGAAACUGUUAGACCGAGAACAUGCCCAGAUAGCACCCAAACUAUCGCCAGGUACCGAGUGCUGGUACCUGCCUAUGUUCGCAGUGUAUCAUCCAAGGAAACCAGAAAGUGUAAGAGUAGUUUUCGACUCUUCAGCAAAACAUCAUGGACUAUCUUUGAACGACGUCUUGUUGAAAGGUCCAGAUAUUUAUAACAGCCUACUUGGAAUUUUACUCCGUUUUAGGAAAGAAGCUUAUGCCGUAACCGUUGAUAUCGAACAGAUGUUUCAUAACUUCAGAGUCAUCGAUGAACAUAGACGUUUCUUGCGCUUCCUGUGGCACAAGGACAACGAUUUUGAUAAACCGCUAACUGAAUAUCAGAUGUUAGUACACGUCUUCGGCAACAGUCCGUCCCCAGCAGUGGCUACGUAUGGUCUGAGACGAACUGUCCAACACGCUGAACUUGAUGUGAAAGAGUUUGUUAGCAACGACUUCUACGUAGACGAUGGUCUUACCUCGUGCGCAACUCCAGAGGGAGUUAUUGAUCUUGUUCAAAGAACUAAACAAACUUUAUAUGAAAAUGGCAGACUUAGAUUGCAUAAAGUUGCAUCUAACAGCAGGUUAGUGCUCGAAGCAUUUCAUUCAGAUGACCUUGCCAAAAAUCUCAAGGACCUUGACCUUGGAUCGGCAGAUCUUCCGAUGCAGAGGAGCUUAGGUCUCUCAUGGAACACAGAACUGGACGAGUUCACCUUUAGAGUAUCUUCUGACAUCAAGCCAUUUACACGCCGCGGAGUUCUGUCAACAAUUAACAGUCUGUAUGACCCAGUUGGCUUUGCUGCACCAGUGAUAAUAAGAGGCAAAUUACUCAUGCGCCAGAUGCUCUCAUCUUCAUCUACUUCUGAUUGGGACGAUCCACUUCCAGAACUUCUAAAUCAACAAUGGGAAUCUUGGGUACAAUCAUUGAGCGAACUUGAAAGUUUUCGUAUAUCUAGAAAGUACAAUGGAUCUUCAUUUGUCAAUAGUGUUAAACGAGAAAUUCACAUAUUCUCAGACGCUUCUAAAGAUGCAAUAGCAGCUGUCGCAUAUAUCAAACUUUAUAGUGCAAAUUCUGUUAACACUAGCUUUCUUUUCGGAAAAGCCAAAGUUGCCCCGUCUCAUGGACACACAAUUCCUCGUCUGGAACUUUGCGCUGCAGUCUUAGCAGCAGAGCUAUCUGACAUUAUUCGAGAUCAAUUAGAUAUCAACCCAGAUGAAUUUUAUUAUUAUACAGACAGUCGUGUAGUACUUGGAUACCUGACAAACGAAACAAGACGCUUCUACAUAUAUGUUGGUAACAGGGUAAGCCGUAUUCGUUCUUCAUGUAAACCUACUCAGUGGUCUCAUGUGUCUACGAAUGACAACCCAGCUGAUUUAGCUACUAGGUCCAUUAGCACCAAAGAUCUUCCAGAGAGUCUUUGGAUAAAGGGCCCUAACUUGCUCUCGAUUAAUGACAAACAUGAUGAACACGAUCAUUUAUUAGUAGAUCCCGAAAAUGACAAAGAAAUACGUCCAUCAGUUAGCUGUAAGAAAACAGAUCUCAAAAUCGAAGACAAUAAAACGUUAUUAGGAUGUAGUAGAUUCGACAAGUUUUCUAAAUGGACACGUCUUGUAAGAAGCAUCGCCUUUAUAAAAUCAGCCAUUCGUAGGAAACUGCACCAAGAAGGAGUUACCUCACCUGAUCUGCUAAGAGACUCUGUAAAUUUAAUACUACGCUCAGUUCAACAGGAUGUUUUCUCCGACGAGAUUAAGUUGCUUCAAGAAGGAAAAAAUGUAACUUCAAGAAGCCAGUUGGCUCAACUAUCACCUAUACUAGGCUCAGAUGGACUCGUUAGAGUAGGAGGAAGGCUCAAACACGCUACUGUAAAUGAUUCAUUAGACAUGUCCCACCAUCCUGUGAUCCUUCCAAAGAACCACCAUGUUUCGUUACUUGUUAUUCACCAUUUUCAUGAAAGUAUACACCAUCAAGGUAGACAUUUGACCGAAGGCGCUAUCCGUGCCGGUGGCUAUUGGAUUAUUAGUGCGAAACGUUCUAUUUCAACUCUCAUCAACAAGUGCAUAAUUUGUAAGAAGCUCAGAGGAAAACUUGAAUGGCAGCAAAUGUCCGAUCUCCCAACAGAUCGACUUAGCCCUUGUCCUCCGUUUUCUUAUGUCGGCGUGGACACAUUCGGUCCAUGGUCCGUCGUAUUUCGCAAAACUAGAGGAGGCUCAGCUAAUCAGAAACGUUGGGCGUUACUGUUUACAUGCAUGACCACACGCGCUGUGCAUAUCGAAGUGAUAGAAGACAUGUCAACCUCGUCUUUCAUCAACGCUAUGAGACGCGUAAUUGCAGUGAGAGGUCCUAUCAUCCAAUUUCGUUCUGAUCGAGGAACUAAUUUCAUUGGAGCAACAUCAGAGCUCAAUAUUGACCCUGAAUUUGUCGAAAAAGGACCAAUCAAGGAAUUCUUACUGAAAUCCGGAACUACCUGGAUAUUUAAUCCACCUUACGCUCAUCAUAUGGGUGGCUCAUGGGAGAGACUUAUUGGUGUUUCUCGUCGGAUACUCGACAGCUUGUUAUUGGAAAACAAAAGUAAGACAAUUACACACGAAGUGCUUGUUACACUAAUGGCUGAAGUUAUGGCCAUCAUAAACAAUAGACCAUUACUACCAGUUUCAACUGAUCCAGAGUGUCCCAGUAUUUUGAGUCCGUCGUCACUGCUUACGAUGAAAACUUCACCAGACGUGAAACCGUUUCCUUUAUUCGGUCCAAAGGAUAUGUUGAAAUCUCAAUGGAAAUGUGCACAAGGAUUAGCAGAAGAGUUUUGGCGUAGAUGGAAAUCCGAAUAUCUUCAUGAACUUCAGAUUCGUACAAAGUGGCAAACUGACCGUCGUAAUUUACAAGUUGGUGACUUAAUUCUCAUGAAAGAUCAGGAUGCGCCACGUAAUUCAUGGCCCGUAGGACUGGUGGACAGGAUAUUUCCAAGCUCGGACGGCAAAAUUCGAAAAGUUGAAGUCGCCAUCGUCAAAGACGGAAAGCGCACAACUUAUACCAGACCAAUUACCGAAUUGGUAACUCUCCUUGAAGUGGACUAACUAUAAUACAUGUAGUGACAUUGUGUUUUAUUCUGACAAUCAUAUUUGAUACAUACACAAUUAUUAUAACAUUGUAAGGGACACAGAUGUUAAUUUUUCAUAUGACAUUAUCCUUUUAUUUUUAAAAUGUAGUGAUUUCCUUUGAAAUCAGAGGAGGAGUGUACUGUUUUGGUAAAGUGCCGAAUUGACCAUGUCGUCCUUUUUGUAUCAUUUCACUCCCCAGUCUCUUUUAUCCCUCGAUAUUUGUCAAAACUGAAGCACGUUGUUUUUUCUAUUUGAAGUUUAAUCCACCACUAGAGUAAGUUUACCUUUUAUAUUUGUGCUCAUUUUUUAUAUCGUUGUGCAUAUUGUUGAACUAUACAUUUUAUGCAAACUUAUUUUUGAUUAUUGGUGCUCAUUUACGCACGACAUGAAAAAAUAUUGCCGCUGUGAAUUUACAGUACUGUUUGUAUUUUUUAUGUAUGCAUUUGCCCUUUAAUUCCAUUCUGUAUUUGUCAAUCCCACAUAUUAGGAUUUAUUUUUGUGUUUUAUCGAUGUAGACAAGGGUCACGCUCGAAUUUUCUAGAACUACAGUACCGCACAGUUUUAACGUGUAAAUUUUUCAUCGUGCACGAUAUGAAAACUACAGUCAAUGACAUAUGCAACCUGUCAUUUUUAUUGCAUAUAUAGAUACUUACGUGUAACCUUUUUCUGAUAUAUUGAUGUUGUUUUUCGAAGUGUAGUGUACAAGAGUUACUUGUAUUGAACUUACUAACCAUUUUCUUUGUGAAUGUACUACUUUUUGACAUUUAUUGACUCAAUAGUAUGCUUAUGUUUGUUAUUUUGUAUUUUCAGUUUUUUACCCUCUCCGGAGGUCUAUACCAAUAAACAGUUGAACUCUCAACG